AUGAUUGCUGAAUUAGAUAAAGAUGGAGGAGGACCUGUAGACUUUGAAGAAUUCCUUGAUGCUAUUACUGCUAAACUUGGUGACAAGGAGAGUCGUGAGGGUAUACAGAAGAUAUUUAAUUUAUUUGAUGAUGAUAAGACUGGUUCAAUAACCCUAAAAAACCUAAAAAGGGUUUCUCGUGAAUUAGGGGAAAGUUUAACAGAGGAGGAAUUGAGGGAAAUGUUAGAGAGGGCGGACUCUAAUGGUGAUGGGGAGAUUUCCUUUGAGGACUUUUAUGCUAUUAUGACCAAGAAGGCUUUCCCCUAA